UGACUCCUCACUUUGAAGCUAUCCAUAUAUGAACUCUCUUCCUUAACACAUCCACCGCAUGCAACCAUCUGACACAAUGAGCAAUGCUCCUUCUCCACCCGCCGCUACGUCUUGUUCUCGCUCCUGGUCUGUAAGCGAGGAUUCGUUGAGGAGGUACGUGAACUAUGCGAGCGAGAGAUGCAUUCAGGAGCUCUUAUCGGCCUCCGAGUCCAGCGAUGGUUGGAAGGUCUUGACGUUUCGGAAUGGCGUUGAGAUCUCGAGGAGGAGCUCAGCCUCGCUGCACGUCUUCAGAAGCCGCUGGCUUCUCCGCUCGGUUUCCCCACAGCAGUUCUUCAUGGUCGCCAACGCCAUUGAUGCCGCUAAGCAAUGGGAUCCGGAUCUGGUGGAAGCAAAACACAUCAAGGACCUCGAUGACAACCUCAGGAUCAUUGCACUGAGGUUUGGUGACGCAUCGAAGCCGCUCUUCAAGAAGCGAGAAUUCGUAGUCUACGAGCGCCGUGAGAGUCUGGAUGAUGGAACCCUAGUGGUGGCUGUGGCUUCUCUGCCUCAUGAAAUAGCUGCAGGAUUGCAGCCAAAGAACGGUAAUGCCAUUCGAGGGCUGUUGCUUCAAUCUGGAUGGGUGGUGGAGAAGCUUGAAGAUGACUCUUGCGUGGUGACGUAUGUUGUUCAGUUGGAUCCGGCUGGUUGGCUGCCCAAGUGUUUUGUGAACAAGCUCAACACUAAGCUGGUCAUGAUCAUUGAAAACCUAAAGAAGUUGGCACAAACCUGCCCGGUGGACAGAGAAAUGUGAAUGUGGAUUACUGAAGUUAGUAGUAAAUACAUGAGUAAAUAAAUUUAUAUAGGUAUGAUCUCAUGUUUCUUUGUGACCUCCACAAAAUCUCUACCAAAUCCCACCCAAAGAUCAUGACUUGGAGUUGCACUCAUGCCAGCCAUUCAUUCACUCAACAAGCUUGAACUUGAUGGAACGACUAACAAUCUAAAUUAGAUGGAUGUGUAUGCUUGUAAUUGUGCUAAUAAACAUGGAUGGCAAAAAGUGUCUAUCCGACAUAAAUUAUCAGUGUAAGCACAUCAAGGUUGACAGAUGGCACAGCUGUUGGAUGAUUUUAUUGAAAA